AUGGAAGAUAAGACAACAAUUAAACUGCUUGAUACGACUCAUGAAAUCAGCGUGCUCACAUUAAAUGCAUCUACCUUCAUGCCUUCUGUGUUUACUCUAAUUGGGAUUCCCGGCCUGGAGUCAGUGCAGUGUUGGAUUGGGUUUCCAUUCUGUGUCAUGUACAUCAUUGCUGUGUUUGGGAAUUCCUUAAUCAUAGUCAUAAUUAAAAUUGAAAACAGCCUCCAUCUGCCCAUGUAUAUUUUCCUAGCCAUGUUGGCAGCCACAGACAUUGCACUCAGCACUUGUAUUCUUCCAAAAAUGUUGGGUAUCUUCUGGUUUAAUUUGACAGAGAUUUAUUUUGAUGCCUGUCUGCUACAAAUGGGGCUCAUUCACUCACUCCAGGCAAUUGAAUCAGGAGUCUUGCUGGCUAUGGCCCUGGAUCGCUAUGUGGCCAUUUGUAACCCCUUGAGACAUGCUACUUUCUUCUCACAACAACUCUUGAUUUCCAUUGGUGUUGGUGUGACACUCAGGCCCAUUAUUCUCACAAUACCAUCCCUGCUUCUCAUCAAAUGUCGUCUCAGGUUGUACAAAACCACCAUCAUUGCCCACUCUUAUUGUGAGCACAUGGCCAUCGUGAAACUAGCAGCUGAAGAUGUUCGUGUCAACAAGACAUACGGGCUGUUUGUUGCCUUCACCAUCCUAGGGUUUGACAUCAUCUUUAUCACUUUGUCUUAUAUCCAAAUCUUUAUCACUGUGUUUCAACUGCCCCAGAAAGAGGCACGGCUCAAGGCCUUCAAUACCUGCAUUGCCCACAUCUGUGUCUUCUUACAGUUCUACCUUCUGGCCUUCUUCUCCUUCUUCACACACAGGUUUGGGUCUCAUAUACCACCGUAUGUGCAUAUCCUCCUGUCAAGUCUUUACCUGUUAGUUCCCCCUUUUCUCAACCCUAUUGUCUAUGGAGUUAAGACCAAACAAAUCCGUGACCAUGUCUUCAAAAUGCUCUGCUCAGAAAAAUCCCCAUGA